GACGGGUGGGCAGUAUAUGGUCAGCGAUGGGCUCAGAUGAGGCUUAGAACAGGACAAAGGGCACAUUAUUAUACUGCAGGAGUGAGCUCAUUUCAUCAUACAUUGCUGGUCAUGUGUUGCUUCCUGAAUUAAAAAAGGGUAGUUGAAACGUCUGUGUGUGUGAGGUGUAUGAGUGAGUAUGAGAGUGGAGCGACCAUCUCAUCCUCACCCCAGGACAUCAUUAUACAACAGCCUACACAUGCGUGGUCUUGGGUAUUUUUUACUCUCGAUCCUGACCCAAGGGUGCUCCGGCGCCGCCGCCGUCACCGGACUCGUGGGGCACAACGUCACCCUGUUCUGUAGGUACGACUCCCAAGCGCAGGGCGUCCUGAGCUUCUGCUGGGGACGAGCUCCGGUGCCCAGGUCCAAAUGCUCCGACACCAUCCUCUCCUCAAAGGACGGCGCCGUGCAGUUCAGGCAGGCGGCCAGGUACCAGGCGCUGGGGGCGGCGGCCGGGGACGCGUCCCUGACCAUCCUCAAUGCUCAGCGGAGCGAUGCCGGCACGUACGGCUGCAGGGUCGAGGUCCCGGGCUGGUUCAACGACUACAAGCUCGACACACAGCUGCUCAUGGAGGAAGUGGAAGUUGUUACAGAGGGUGAUCCAGUUUUUACUGAAACAUCGACAUCUGCACUUCAGAGUCCAGUAGAUGCCGAUCCAGGACACAUCAUACUUGAACAAGUAACAUCUGAGGACAAAUUAAAUGACUUUUUGGACGUGGGCAACAUCAGCAAGAUGGGACUCAUUUUCAUCAUCACUUUAAUCAUAAUUGCUUCUGUUUUGUGGAGGAGGUUUAAGCGACAGCGGUCACUUCAGCAUCCCAGCGCCUCCACUGCUGAGAACAUUUAUGAGUGUCCCAUUGCCUGAGUGAUGCUGAGCUGUCUGAAAGCAGAGGUGUUUCAUGAUUUCAGGCCCAAUUUUUCUCUGUUUGCUUGUGCUGGAGUCUUCCACCUCCGUGGUUUAGCAGAAAACCUUUUAAACUCGUUUAAGCUAUUGAACGGAUUCUCAGUGUCCAAAAGUCAAUGAACUUUAUUAAUCACACUGGGAAAUGACUUUGCUGCUCAAAAUGAAAAGGCAGGAAAGAAACAAGCCAACACAUAGUAUCUAUAAUCUACUUCAUCAGUAAGAAUAAAGAUCUUUAGCUCAAUAGAA